AAUAAAAUAAUAAGCGAGCGUGGGAGUGAGAUAAACAGUAUUGUAUUCCCUUUCCCUUUGGAUUUGUCUUGGCCUCAACAGACCGACAGAGAUUCAUUCACAAGUGCGACAAUAACAUUUGUUUUCGAUUCUUGUCUUCUUCCAUUCAUUCCAACAUCAUCGAUUCUUGUCUUCUUCCAUUCAUUCCAACAUCAUCGAUUCUUGUCUUCUUCCAUUCAUUCUCUCCGAUCCAUCUCUGUUACUCUAUAUCUCUACCCUAAUCAUUAGAUCCAGAUUCAUUUCACGGAUGAUCGGUGAUCGCAGCAUUGUCUUGUGGUGAGAAUCACAGAAGAUUCUAUCGAAUUGGAUGGCGAGGAUGCGAGGAGGCGAAGACAGUGGAGAUAAAGAAAGAGAUCCGAAGCAUUCUGGAUUGGUUAGAUUGGCACAAAUAGUCACAUUAUUGGUUGUUUUCGCAGGUGGUGUCGUUCUCGGUUUAACCACCACUUCUCACAUUCACUACUUCAAUAACAAUAACAACUACCGUCAUUUCAUUUCACAACAACCUUCUUCUUCUGGUGUCUUCAAUCAUGUCGGUGAUACCCUCCAACACAACGACAACAACACCAACUGUAACUGUAAUUGUACAAUCAUUGAACAUCCUCCACCAUUUUCAUAUGAUGUAGAGGUGGAAGAUAGGAUGGAGUCCUUUCUUCAUCCUUCCAGCAUCACGCAUACAUUCUCCGACGACCAGCUUUUCUGGAGGGCUUCCUUGGUUCCCAAGAAAGACCAGUAUCCCUAUGCUCGUGUACCCAAAAUUGCUUUCAUGUUCCUUACUAGAGGACCUUUGCCUCUAAUGCCCCUCUGGGAGAGAUUCUUCCAAGGUCAUUAUAAUCUCUUCAACAUUUAUAUCCAUGCUCCUCCUGGUUAUGUUCUCAACGUUUCUGAUUCUUCCCCCUUUUACCGCCGCAACAUUCCAAGUCAGGCUGUUUCCUGGGGAACAGUAACGCUGGCGGACGCUGAGAGGCGGCUUCUAGCCAAUGCACUGCUCGACUUUUCAAAUGAGCGCUUUAUUCUCCUCUCAGAAAGUUGCAUACCUGUCUACAACUUCCCUACUGUUUAUAGAUAUCUCGUUGAUUCUGCGCACAGCUUUGUUGAGUCGUACGAUGAUCCUUCCCGUCAUGGCCGGGGCCGCUACAGCCGCAACAUGCUUCCUGAUAUUCGGCUUAGACACUGGCGGAAAGGCUCUCAGUGGGUUGAACUUCACCGUGCUCUAGCUGUUUAUAUCAUCUCGGAUACCCAAUACUUUACCCUCUUUCGUAAAUAUUGUAAGCCUGCUUGCUACCCGGACGAACAUUACAUUCCAACCUUCCUCAACAUGUUCCAUGGUUCGCUUAAUUCAAACAGAACAGUCACAUGGGUGGACUGGUCAAUGCUUGGUCCUCAUCCGGCAACCUACGGGAGGGACAAUAUAACUGUUGGUUUUAUACAGGCGAUAAGGAAUAAUGGAUCACUUUGUCGAUAUAACUCAGAUAUGACUUCUAUUUGUUACCUCUUUGCUCGCAAGUUUGAUCCUAGUGCAUUGGAGCCCUUGCUUGAGCUCUCUUCAGAAGUCAUGAACUUUUAAUUUGAUGUAUGUACAAGAGGUGAGAUACUCAUUCUUUUAGUUUAGUCCCUAGAUUGGAUAGAGGAUAUCAUAAGUUUGGUAAGAAAGAAAUGAUUUUGCAUUGGUAGAUCUGUUGUACAGGUAUUGUUAGAGAAUUUUGGUUCUCUGGUUGAGAAUAUCAUAUUUUGUUGCAGAGGAAGUAACUGCAUUUUUUUCCUUCCAAGAAGGAAUCUUCUAUCAAUACAUAAAUUUUAUCUUUUCAACAACA